CAGGGUGAAGAUGAAGCUUUAUUCAUUACCUGUGCUGUGUCUGUCACUUAUUUUGUUUCACACCCAUUCAUCACUGGCUAAGAGAGGAGGUGGCAGCUUUGGGAAAGGCUUCAGCUCCAAGAAAUUCCCAACAUGGAACCGUGGCAACACUAAUACAGGCAGUAAAAAUAAUCAGGGCUCCAGCUCUAGGGGUGGAUACCCCAAACAGUCUGGACACAACAAUCAAGGAGGCUACCCUCCGCAGUCAGGCAGACCUGCAUAUCCAGGAAGUUACCCUCGGCAGCAGGGUGGAGUGGGGUAUCCAGCACAUGGCUCCCCAUAUGGAAGAGGUUAUGGAGGUUACGGAGGAUAUCCAGGUGGAUAUAUCAACCAAAACCCAAACAACAAAAUCCUGAGCCCUCACUAUGGAGGCAGCUUUGGAUACGGGGGCCAUGGCGUGAGAGGUGGCUCUCCCUUCUCCCACUCAGUUCAGGCAAUGGGUGUUUAUCCCCAAGAUAGAUCCAGAGGGUUUGGGCGCAGCGCAGUGAUGGCAGCAGCUGGAGGUGCCAUGGCAGGAAUGGCCCUGGGCUACGGGCUGGGGAGGUUCCCUCGUCCUCACUUCCCCUUCCACAGCUCCCAGGAGGAGUACUACUACAACCACUACAUGUACAGGAAAUAUGGUGUCAGGUCUACUGAUACCGAUGACUAUGGCCGAGACUACAGGUACAGCAAAACCCCUGAGACCUACGACAGCUUCAUGGACUCGUGCAUGAAGAGAACAGACCUUCUGCCGGUUAAGAAUCAAAAGCCAAAACUCAACCCAGCUGCCACAACCACCACAGCUACACCUGCUGUCGUCACGGCAGCACCAGACACUGUCACAGAUAACAACACGACAGACACCAACAGCAGCGCAGCAGAAAACUCCCCCACUCCCUCACCUUCAACUCCCCACGCUCCUAAUCAGCCUGAAGCCCGUCCUGGGCCUCCAGCUUCACAGGCCGUCAGUGAGGACGACGACACAGUCAGCAUCAUGGAGAUAGGUUACCCGGCACUGAUCGAGCAGCUGAAGGCCCGCAGGUGUUUGGAGCUGUACAUGGUUUACUCUGAAAAGUACUUGAAGAGAGAAACAGGAGGGGCGAAGGGACUGGAGAUGGGAUAUCGAGGGUUUUUCACAGUGGUCACCAGUGCUGUACUGAUGCUACUGAACAGCAACAUGCUAAUAUUUUAGGUUCCAUGUUUGAAUUUUCAAAGUGAAUGUAAGUUGGUAAAUCAAAGAGCCACAGUUUUUUUUUUUUUAAACAGUCACAAAAUCAGGUAAAAAAAUCUAAAUAUCAAUAAAAGAGUUAAAAUGUCAAGAAUGCAGUCAAACUGAAUCAGAUACAUUCAGAAUAAAUGUGAAAUCUCGAUCCUAAACACUUGUGGUGAUCAGCGUUAAGACUUUGAUGUGAUUGUGCCGAAAAAAGUCUACUACUGAUUUAGAUCUGAUUUCAAAAAUGAAAUGUAAAAGGGAGAAACAAUCUUCCUCCUCACUUUUUCCUUACAGUGCUUUUUUAAAUUAUUCAUAUAUUCAGUGAGAGUGGUCUCGGCACAGAUCUUUUUCUUAAUAUUUAUGAAUAUUUCCAAGUUGUGUAUUUUUUAAUAUCCGUCUUGUCCUCUUCUUAUGUGUGUCUCACACUAUCAGCUGAAUGUAUUGUCAUCAAGCUUGGAUAUCGCAAUAUGUACAGUAACUUUUCUAAUCUUGAUGUAUCGUGAGGAGUUCUAAUUCACAAACAGUUCAUAGUAGAAUUUUCUAAAACAAAUACGAAUCACAGAUACGUUAAAAACUUUUCCUACCAAGCAUCAUUUAAGAUUUUAAUGUGAACAUGGAUGAUUUUUAAGAAACUACAGUACAAAAACAUUCAAGCUGUUUUUGUGAUCUGUGGUUAAAUAUUAUUAUUAAUACACAUUAUGCUUGUCUGGUCAAACAGACUUAACUUUACUCAUUUGAGUUUUGUUGUAUGACAACAAGCAUGAUAUUGAAAAAAAACUUUUGAUGAGAUGCAUUUGAUGAACUCCUGUGAAACCAAAAGUGAAGUUGAGAUAAUCUGAGGAAAUUUUUAUUAAUGGCUCAAACUCUAAUUAUUUUACACAUGUUAACCGUAUCAUAAAAUUACAUUUGCGGUGUUUAAUUAAUUUAUCUGAAUUGAUUUUAAAGGAAUGCUGUAGAAAGAAAUGUCACUCUUUUCUGAUUCAGUGUGUGUUCUCUCAAUUAACUGUUUAUUGAUGGGAAGGUUGAUUUAUUAUGUAUUGUUUCUAAUGUGGUGUGAGCCCUAAUAAAGACAAAAA